AUGUCUAAAAAUGUAGAAGAAAGAGUAAGAACAAGUUCAGAGCCCUUUCUGGGCAAUUUUCUUAAUCCAAAAAAUAUAGAAACAAACCUUACGAAGGAAAUAUUAGAUUUGUUAGUUAAAUAUUAUCGCAAUGCUUAUAAUGAAGAUUUUGUGACUUUGUUUGAUAUUCAUAUCAUGCAAUCUAAUGCUAUCCCAAUAUUUCUGAAAGUAAAUAUUUAUGAGAAGUUACAACUUAACGUUAAAGUUUUUGGAUUAAUAUAUUUGAAAAAGCAUAUCAAUUUGGCUAAGAUAUUAUCACAAUUUAUUAAUGACAAUUCUAAGGAUACUUAUCCUGAUAUUGUUUAA